UGUCCUCCGAGACCAGGUCAGUUGAUCACAGGUAGAUCAAGUUUCAUAUGCAUUAGUUCACAGAAUUUAAUUUUAUGAUAGAAUUAAGUGCUACAUAUUUUAUGAUGUAUUUCCGGUGAUAUACAUAUAUAUAGCUAUAGAUAUAUAUCUAUAUAUAUAUACAUUCUUAAUGGUAAAUUAAGCUUAACAUAUCUUUACUAAUUUAAUGUUUUAUAUUUUCUGGAUGUGCAAAGACAACACACUUUCAUGUUGCUUUUAGGCAGAAAGCUAAUUUAACUAUUUUAGAACAUAUAUUAUACAUUUACAUGAGUGUUUUCCUGCACCUGUACACGAAAUACUAUUAUUUUUUACAGUUUUAAGAAUUUGAUGAUAAAACCUUGGUAUCUGCGUCUCGCGGGAACCACCACUUGACGAUUCAUCCUAAUGUUGUGUUUAUUUAUUUAUUUGUUUUUUUUAUACUUCCUCCGCGUCAUUCUGCGCGUGCCCAUAAUGCAACAACUGGACAACAACAUUCAGUGUGAGUGGACCGAGCGAUACACCGGGACGGCACGCGACAUCUGGGAGGGGCGGGGUUUGCUGUGACAGUGUGGAGUCAGUGGGUUUGUGUGGCCAGAAGAAAAGAAAGGGUGUUCAUCCGGUGCAGGAGAGAAACCGCCGUCCCCUCCGGUCAGAGCAGGUUCGCGCUCAGGCUCGCGGGCGCACGGAGCCGACGCAGCGGAGGUUCGCGAGGCUGCCGGGUGAAUUGCAAUCGGGACACGGAAGCCACCAUGAACCAGAGGGCACCGCGCAUUCUGAUGAAUUGAAACGCUCCCCGGGAUGGUGAUGAUGAUGAUGAUGGUGAUGAUGAUGAUGAUGAUGAUGAUGAUGGUGGUGGUGAUUUCCUCCCGUGGUCCGACGCGGGGAUGAUUCUCCUCGGCUCGGCGUCGCGGCUGCAGAAGGAGCGCGGAGGACCCGCGAAGGCAUCGGUCAUGCUCCCCGGAUUUGUCUUUAGAUACCUGAGCAGAGCAGCACUGGCUCCCCCUGACGGCACCUGGCAUAAUCAGAUCUAGGAGACACCCAGGCUUAUCAACUGCUGACUUGUCAGAAAUGCAUCAUCCGACUCUCCACCCAAAGACAACAUAUGGCUGAAACCGCGAGGUGAGGGUGUGGUUUGGGAGUGUGAGCUGUAAAGUCCCAAGAAAAACAUCACAUGGAGGUCAAAGGACAUCUGAUCACUUCGAUGGGUCUGGGGGCUCCUGAUGUUCAAGGGAGCCAGGACAACAAGCUGCAGGCGGAGAGGAUCGCAGCAUUGCAAGAGAGGAAGCAGGCCCUGGAGGCUCUGCUCAACAGCAGAGUGGGAGAGCUCAAACAUGUCUGCUUGCAGGAGGCGGAGCUGACUGGGAAGGUGCCACGUGCGUUCCCCCUGGAGACGGGGGAGAAACCCCCACUGGUGCAGCGCAGAGCUGGCCUGGCGCCCAACACCAAGGCAGAGGAUGAGGCCCAGAGGAAGCAGAUGAAAGCCAUCUUCACCGGUGCUCUGUACAGACACUCGGAGUCGGAGCGAAACGUCCCGAGUAGCAAGAGGACAGUUCAUCGGGGGUGUCACACAGAGGACACUAUCAUGUCGGAGAGUACAAGCUCCAUGUCAGAUUCAACAUCCCAUGACAACGAGUCUUCCCCCAGCGUGGCGGCUGACCAGCGCUCUCUGUCUCAGCCCCGGCUCACCGUGGGCAGUCCCGACCACCGGAUAAGUAGGAAACUGUCUCCGGUGGAGAUUUACUACGAGAUGAGAACACGCCGCAACUCUGUCACAAGCUCUGUGAGCCCAACUCACUCUUUGCCCAGAAGUGCAUCUAAUGUUGAGGGUAGAAGUGUUCCAGCGACUCCACUCUUGGCACGAACGGCUCCGAUCAGCGUGCAUGUCAGGUCGGACGCAUCGGGGGGCAACGGGUUGAAGCAGUGGUCUGGCAGCCUGGAUGUGCCAUACAUGAUUCCUCUGGCCCAGGAGGGCUCUUCCUCUGACCGCCGGGGCUGCCCGUACAGCUCCCGGGCCAGACGCAGUAACAGCUCAGAGGCCCUGUUGGAUAGAUCGAGCCUCCCUGAUGACCCAGCACCCAGGAACGGGAUGCCCCCGCGAGGGGGACCCUACAAGAGCUCCGAGACACUGACGGAUGGAAAGCUGCGACACAUUCACUUGGGCAGCCCGGAGAGACACGUGGACGGCUCUGUGGAACAGGCCAAAAUGCGUCUCUCCAUGGGCGGCAGAGGGACUGGGGGAGGCUACAAUGAGCUAUUAAUGGACUAUAUCUGGGGGAAGCAGCAGAGGGUGCAAGUGCAGCACCCCUUGUACCAGUCCACAGGCAGGAUCUGGCAGGACUUGUCCUCUCCCCGCUCCUCCACAGCGGCGGCGCCCCCCCAUGCCAAUGGCUUUUCUCAUUCCCAGGUGCACCUCCCCAGCGCCGCACCUCCUUACAGCCCGAUGGUCCUCCGAGGGUCACAAGCCGAGCUGCGCAGGGUCAAAGUCACCCGGACCAAAUCAUGUGGACCUUUUAUUCCUUUGCAGCAACACCCCCAGGAUGCAAUCCUAUUAUCAGCGUACGAGUCACCCCUUCCCGCCUCUAGCACCACCACGUCCUCCAUCCCCAACCUGCACCCCUACCAGACGGAGCUGUCUGGCCCCUCCUUCAGCCGCAGGCCGCCGCAGUUCUCUCUCCCGACCCCGGAGGACUCGACCAGGAGCCUGCACAAGGCCCUGGCCCUGGAGGGACUGAGGGACUGGUACCUGAGGAACGCCCUCGGCUACCCACCUGCUGCCCCAAAGGGCCACGAUACAGGGAUCUCUCGCCUCUCACACCCCCACCCGUUGGUGCACCAGGCCCAGUCUGUUCAAGGCGAAGCAGCCAACCUCAACAGGCCUCAGAUACCCCAGUCAGCCAGCUUCCACGGUCUCCCACUGCACGGAAGGUCGAUGGAGUUCUCUCUGUAUCAGGAGACUCCUCAUCCACAGAUGCAAGAGGUGACCCCAAAGGAACCCAGUGCAGACCCAGGCACCCUAGUCUGAAGCAGCAGAACACACACACACACGCACGCGCACACGCACACACACACACACACGCACACACACACACACACACACACACACACACACAAACACGCACGCGCACGCACACACACACAGACAGACUGCAUAAUGAGCAAAUAUACUGUAGCCUCACACACACACAGACAUAUUGAUACAAUGUGACCUCAAUUGCAAAGCAAAACAUGGCAACCUCAGCAGAAAGAGACUGGAGCAAAUGGCAGACUGUAGCUGUGCAGUGUGAAAAAGCCUUGGCAAGUUCCCCGUGUUAUAACUGAUUCCACCAGUAUGAAAUUCAAACCCAGUGUUCUCAAUGUGGAUGUGCACGGGUGUCGACUGACAGUUUAUGUGCCAACAAUAUGGUUGUGCUGUUCUUCAUAAUAUUGAUAUUUCUGGUCCAACACGAGCAGUGAAACCCUUCCUAAUAACCCAGAAAAGUCUCCCAAGAUAUACUUUUUUACAGAAUAUAUACAAGUCUAAAUCCUAUUUUGUAUCUUCUGAGAUAUAAACAGUUAUAUUCAAGAGGUAAUUUAUUGCUCAUUAAUCAUGUGAUAUAUAAAAAUGUUCUAUGAACUCACGUCAUCUGAAAUCUAUUAAUACAUGCUGGUGAAUGUGUGUUUGUAAACUGUAGAAAAUGCAAAAAAAAAACAUGCUUCAGUCCUCAUCUGCUGUUCAUUUCACAGCAUUUUCCACGUUUUGAUAAAUGAAGCGGGCCAUGAACUGUAGCGUGCCGUGUAGCAGGACGGGAGUGCCUAAAUAUGUUGUUAUAUCAAAACUAAACCCUGGUUAGAAAACUUUAAAGAGCUUUGUAAUAAUCUGAACCGCUUGCAUGGAGCCUCUGUGAUCCUAGAUGAAUCAGAAAACUGAAAGCAGUUUACUUGUCACAAAAAUUUGGGUAUUUGGAAUGAUGUCAUAUAUAUUAUAUAUAUAUAUAUAUAUAUAUAUAGUGAUUUUUCUGUUUUGUUUUCUAGAUUCAGCUCAGUGCUGGCUGAUAAAUGUAGCUUUCUCUGUGCUGACCUUCCCUGAAAAAUUUGACCAAUUUUUGGAAAAAAACAACCUGAGGGCUUGUUAUGAAACCUACUGUAUGUCAGUAGCACACGACUGUAUGACAAUAAUUUACUCAUAUUAAAACAUAUCUUUCUGCAUUUACUUGUGGAGGAUUUGAGUGUCGUACAGAGCACUUUAUGAACAUCUUAAGCCUUAAUUUCCUAUGAAAUUGUCACCAAUGAGAGAUGGCGGGCAGUCGGAAGGUUAAGACAGGGUUUAUAAUGCGGCGAGCGAGUUUUGUCAACAUCUGCUGAAGGUCUAUCUGAGUGUUAGUCUGUAUAUAGCGUGGAUUGUACUGAUGAGUUUCAAGACGAUGUUUUAUUCCCAUACUAACUUUGAACAAUUUUCAAACUAACCACAAAAACAAGUAUUUAAUCUCAAGAACCUCCCCAAGUCUUUCCACCCCCGAGUGAGCACUGUUGAAUUGGUAAUAAAAAGUGAGGUUGAUGGUGUGAAGAGAAUAGAACUGCUGCAGUACUGAAUGACGGUGUGAGCAGGUCUCAUACCAGUCAAUUUGAGAAUGGGAAUUCAUGCUUGCUGAUUUUUGUAUUUGUAAGGAUUUUAACUCAUUUCAUUUGUUGUUGUUUUUUGUGCCGUUUCAAAAGAAAAAAAUUAACAAUACAUUUUUAAAAAAACAGAGUAGUUAUUCAUAAUAAUAUAUUUUUAAACUUUUUCUAAUCAGCGUCUCUGUAGAUUUCUGCAUCACAAAAUUAAGAAAAAUCAGAUUAAGAUAUAAAAUCUUAAAGGAAUUAAAAAAACAAACAGAAUUCAUUACAGAUCUUUGGUAUCCCCCCCCCCACUUAAUGUUUCAUGAUAUUUCUUUGGACAUCUUAGGGCUCAUCUGAAUGUAAUUCUUUAUGUGUCAUAGGUGAUUGUUUUCUACUGUUACAAGCUGUAGCACACCACAGAAUGUUACCUGGUGUCUUCUGCUGCCUGAUGUGUUCACAUCCUCUCAGUAUCCAGCUUCAUAGAGCUUCUUCCAGCUGGUUAAAAAACCUGAAAUCAAAGACCAAACUGCUGUGCACUGGGGGUCGUAAAUGUAUUUUUCAUAUGACGUACUCUGUAAGUUUAAAAUAAAUGAUAUAAAUUUAGCUCUGAAGCAAAUUUAUUCAAACUAUACUAUAUUUAUUAACCUAUAACAUUUUGUAGCUAUCUACUGUAGCUCUUUCUCAUCAGUGCAGAAAACGGUAAUGUGUGAUCAAACCACUUCAUUCAGCAGUGUGAUGUGUUAAUAUUUGAUCUUUGCGAAAACAUUUUUUUUUUUAAAAAGAUCUUUAAGUGCAGCUGUUUACUUUUUCACUCCUCUCUUUAUAACCAGGCCUAUGAAUUAAGGCUCAAUAGACCUGCCCUAUACUGUAUGUAUGAGAUUGUGCAUUCAUUCUACUAAAUAAAGUGUCAUGUUGAAAUGAA